AUGGCGCUCCUCUCUCCCCUUGAUCAAUUGAACUCUUCGUUUUAUUUGCGCUGGUCUCUUGUACUUCAGGUCAAGGAUCUUAACAAGGCUGUUGGUAGCCUUUCAAAAGGAUUAAGUGCUGUUACAACGACACUGCCGUACCUCAAAGGGCGCAUCAUCUACUGUACAGAUAACAGCAAAGACGGGACGUCCUCUAUUGCUCGAGCUGUAAUUUCUGUGUCAGAUGACAGUCCGAAUGUAUUAUUACGAGAACAUGGUCCGGCAAAUGGACUACCUAGUCUAGCAAGGAUGAAGGAAGAGGGUGGACCCGCCCACCUUUUCCCCGAUGAUCUAUACUCUUUGUCUAUCUUUAUAGAUGUUACUUCCAAGCAAUCUCACCCAGUAUUUGAAACGACAUAUGCACCUAUCGAAGGAGGUCUGGUACUGAGCAUGUGCGUUCAUCAUGGCGUUAUGGAUGCCCGAGGACUCGCCACAUUGACCGAACUAUGGGCCUCCUUCACCAGCCAGCAACAUCAAAGGGAGAACAUCGGGUUUCUAAUGAACCUUCCCGAUCCCAACGAGCCUCUUACACGAACGGUCAGACUUACCGCAUCUGCAAAUGACACUGCAAAGCCUGGGAUCACCAAUAUCGAGACAAUUUUCCAACAUUAUAAAAAUGACAGAGUACUCGAACAAGAUAUCCCUUCGUCAACAGAGGCUAGCAGGCCAAGAUCAAGCAAGAUAUUCGCUUUCUCAGGCGAUAAGCUCGAGUACACGAAAACCUUUCUGGCAGAGAACAACUGCCAUGUCACGAUAAACUCCAUUUUGAGCUGUGUGAUUUGGUGCAACGUUACGCGUAUACGUCUAUCACGCCUGUCAUGGCAGCCACCGAUACAAUUCUCACGGUUUUUCCAAAUGGUAGAUGGUGAACGGCGUUUAGGCCCAGCAAUCGAUGAACCAGGGCCUUAUCUUGGUAAUGUCGUGCUGACAUCGUCGGUUGAUGUCUCCCUUAACACAUUAGCGACGACUGGCUCUUUCGACCAGCAGUCAAUCUCCUCGAUGGCUCCAGUAAUGCAGGCCGUAGAUGAAGCAUCAACACAAGUCACUAAUAAAUAUAUUGGUGGCUUCUUGGAAAUGUUGCAACAAGUUGAGGACCUUGAAAGUCUUGGUAUAGGACGCAUGAGUCAGCAUGGGGUCGACUUCAUCUCAUCCAACUGGGCAGACCUACCACUCUAUGACUGUGAUUUUGGACCAUUGUUUAGCCAGGAUUAUGCAGAAGGAAAGAGGGGCAAGCCAGUCUUUGUGCGGUAUCCGUAUAUUGAUUGGGCUGAUGGCAAUUUGAUAGUGCUUCCAAGAUGGGAAACGCCAACUGGCAAGGAUGAGACUAUCGAAGCGUAUAUUAUGUUGGUAGAGGAUGAUUUAAUCGCUUUAGAAGAGGACACUAGCUUUUGCAGCUGGCUGAAGGAAUAG